GCCGGCUGCCGCGCUGGGAACUCGGCUCUGUCAGCUCUUUCCCGGCCUGGCUCUUCCCCCUGGGCCGCCAGCCAUGUUCCUGCUCUCAGCUCUGCUGCUUGUGGCCCGGGCCAGGGGCACCCCUGGCAGCUGCGGUGAGAGGCCCGUUUUUGAGGGAGGGACUCGGUACUCCAGGAUCAUAGAGGGCGCGGAGGCUGGGGAGGGCGAGUUCCCGUGGCAGGUGAGCGUCCAGGCAAGAAGCCAGCCUUUCUGCGGCGGCUCCAUCAUCAGCGAGUGGUGGGUUCUCACGGCCGCCCACUGCUUCCACAACACAGACUUAAGCCCAGAAGACGUGAUGGUCGGGCUGGGCAGCAGCGACCUAAGCAGCACGUCCCUGGAGCUGAAGCAAGUCUCCAGGAUUAUCCUGCACAAGGACUUCCGGAGGAGCGACAUGAACAACGACAUCGCCUUGCUGCUGCUGCAGUCGCCCAUCGUGCUCGACGGGCUGAAGACGCCCAUUUGCAUGCCCUGGCGGCCCGGCCUUGCCAAGUGGCGCGAGUGCUGGGUGGCCGGAUGGGGACAGACCAGAAGUGAUGACGAGCACUCUACAACAAGCGACCUGCUGAAAGUGCCCAUGGCCAUCAUGGACUGGGAGGGAUGUGCAAAGACAUUUCCCAAACUCACCAAAAACAUGCUGUGCGCCGGAUACCACAACAAGAGCUACGAUGCCUGCCAGGGCGACAGCGGGGGGCCCCUCGCCUGCCUCUCGGUGUCCGACAGGAGGUGGUACCAGGUGGGCAUCAUCAGCUGGGGACGGAGCUGUGGACAGAAGGACGUCCCGGGGAUCUACACCUUGCUAGAGAACUACAGCUCCUGGGUGAAGAAGGUGGCAGAGCUCGAGGGAAGGCCCUUGGGCGCGAGGAAGAUGAGCUCGGCUGCCAAGCAGAGGCCCCCGAGCUCCUGGGCCGCCCCCCCGCCCGGAACCCCGCAGCCCCGCGCUCUGACUCCUGCCGUGCCCUUGGUCCUCCCUGCCGUUCUGGGCUAUUUCCACAGAUAAUUAAACAGA